UGUGUGUGUGCUGUACAAAUGGUCUAAUUGUGAUGUAAAAAAUAAAAACCAUGAUUUCGUGAAAAUCGUAAACAUCGUCAAAUGGAGGUGAUAACAAGUUAGGUGACGGACUUGCCAAUGAAUUUCAAACCUAAAUCAUCAUCUCUUUUCUCUUUUUAAUACCAUUUUUAAUCUUUUUCUUGAUCGCCCCAUAAUUUUGUUUUUCCAUAAUUUCGAUUAUAUCGAUUUUGCCGAUUCUUGAUUCAGUUCGUGACAAUGGCAGCCAUUACUAGUAGUUCUUGUUCUACUGGUACUCAUCUCUUCGGAAACAAAAAUUUACUCAGAAAUGAAUUAGGAUCAUCUGGGGUUCAUUCUAAUGGUCUUAUUAGACCUUUUGAAAAGAUUGGUUCUGUGCGGGCAAAAUCAGUUUUGAAGAGUAGGCAAGUCAGAGCUAUGGCUUCACGAAUCCCAUCAGCUCCGAAACGAGAGAGCGAUCCGAAGAAAAGAAUUGUUAUUACAGGAAUGGGACUUGUUUCGGUAUUUGGGAAUGAUGUUGAUACCUUCUAUAAUAGACUACUUGAAGGAGAGAGCGGGAUAAGUCUUAUUGAUAGGUUUGAUGCUUCACCUUUCUCUGUUAGAUUUGCUGGUCAGAUUCGUGACUUUUCGUCCGAAGGUUAUAUUGACGGAAAGAAUGACCGCCGUCUGGAUGAUUGCUGGAGGUAUUGCUUAGUUGCUGGAAAAAGAGCUCUUGAAGAUGCCAACCUUGGAACCGAAACUCUCGAAUCCAUGGACCGGUCGAAAAUUGGAGUUCUGGUAGGGACAGGGAUGGGAGGAUUAACUGCAUUCAGCAGUGGAGUUGAAUCUCUUCUCCAGAAAGGAUACAAGAAGAUUACUCCGUUCUUCAUUCCGUACUCCAUCACGAACAUGGGAUCAGCAUUACUUGCCAUUGAUACGGGUCUAAUGGGUCCAAACUACUCCAUAUCUACUGCUUGUGCUACUGCAAAUUACUGCUUUUAUGCUGCGGCAAAUCAUAUCAGAAGAGGUGAAGCUGAUAUCAUGGUAGUUGGUGGGACUGAGGCUGCUAUCAUUCCAAUUGGUGUUGGUGGGUUCAUAGCUUGCAGAGCUUUGUCUCAGAGAAACGGUGAACCCCAAAAAGCUUCGAGGCCUUGGGAUAGAGAUCGCGAUGGGUUUGUUAUGGGCGAAGGCUCUGGCGUGCUGGUUAUGGAGAGCUUAGAGAGUGCAACAAAAAGAGGAGCGAACAUAAUAGCGGAGUAUUUGGGAGGCGCGGUUACCUGUGAUGCUCAUCAUAUGACGGAUCCUCGUUCAGACGGUCUUGGAGUUUCUUCUUGCAUAAAAAAGAGCUUGAAAGAUGCUGGAGUUUCUCCAGAAGAGGUGAACUAUAUCAAUGCUCAUGCAACAUCGACACUUGCGGGAGACUUAGCUGAGGUUAAUGCCAUCAAGAAGGUCUUUAAGAACACAUCCGAGAUCAAGAUGAACGGAACUAAGUCGAUGAUAGGACAUGGGCUCGGUGCAGCUGGUGGAUUAGAAGCCAUAGCUACAAUCAAAGCUAUCACAACUGGAUGGUUACAUCCAACCAUUAACCAAGAUAAUUUGGAGUCUGACGUUACAAUUGACACCGUCCCAAAUGUGAAGAAACAGCAUGAAGUUCAUGUUGGUAUCUCUAAUUCAUUUGGGUUUGGCGGCCACAAUUCAGUAGUCGUCUUUGCUCCUUUCAAGCCCUAAACUAAUGAAACAUUCUUCUUUUUUUCCUCUUCACUCCUUCAGAAUGUCAGAUAGAAUCCUAGCGGUGGUACAUGUGUCUUUAAUCCCCUAAUGCAGCCAAUAUGAGAUAUUAUGUUUCUUCGCAACUAGCUAUGCUGCAUUACACGUAUUGCCGCAGCAGGCACGCUUGGUCCUCCUGCAAUUUUCAAUUUUUUCUUUUAUGCAUUAAUCUCUUUACCAAGGCUUAGGAGUCUUGUACUGAACUUACUUUGAAUAAAAACACUUAUUUCCUACUAGUUUGCUAUUCAAAUAUUCAAAUUC